AUGGAGGACAAUGGUGGAGAAGGGGAGGGUAAAUCCGGCGGGUCUGGUGGUUCGGGUGGCUCCGAAGGACGGAGAGAUUUCAGCAGUGUCGCAAGGCUCUUCCUCCGCCGUGAAGAGAGGAAGUUGAGGAGGUUCGAAUGGCUUGUCGCCGCGGAGGGUGAAGGCGGGGAGACAGCCAUUGAGUCAGUAAAGACCGUCGCCGGGGAUUUGAAAUAG